AUGCCGGCCCCGCAGUGCGCCUCCUGCGGCAAGGCCCGCGCCGCCCUCCGCCGCCCGCGCUCCGGCCAAGCGCUGUGCGGCGCCUGCUUCUGCGCCGCCUUCGAGGCCGAGGUGCUGCACACGGUGGUGGCGGGCCGCCUGCUGCCGCCGGGCGCCGUGGUGGCCGUGGGGGCCUCGGGCGGCAAGGACUCCACGGUGCUGGCGCACGUGCUGCGCGAGCUGGCGCCGCGCCUGGGCGUCUCGCUGCAGCUGGUGGCGGUGGACGAGGGCAUCGGCGGCUACCGAGACGCGGCGCUGGCGGCCGUGCGGCGCCAGGCGGCGCGCUGGGAGCUGCCGCUCACCAUCGUGGCCUACGCCGACCUCUUCGGGGGCUGGACGAUGGACGCCGUGGCCCGCAGCACGGCCGGCUCCGGCCGCAGCCGCUCCUGCUGCACCUUCUGCGGGGUGCUGCGGCGGCGCGCGCUGGAGGAGGGGGCGCGCCUCGUGGGAGCCACGCACGUCGUGACCGGCCACAACGCGGACGACAUGGCGGAGACGGUGCUCAUGAACUUCCUGCGGGGCGACGCGGGCCGGCUGGCCCGGGGCGGCGGCCUGGGCUCUGCGGGCGAGGGGGGCGCCCUGCCGCGCUGCCGCCCGCUGCAGCUGGCCUCGCAGAAGGAGGUGGUGCUGUACGCGCACUUCCGCCGCCUGGACUACUUCUCCGAGGAGUGCGUGUACGCGCCCGAGGCCUUCCGCGGCCACGCGCGCCACCUGCUCAAGCUGCUGGAGGCGGCGCGGCCGUCCGCGGUGCUGGACCUGGUGCACUCGGCCGAGCGCCUGGCGCUGGCCCCGGCCGCCCGGCCCCCGCCCGCCGGCGCCUGCUCCCGCUGCGGGGCGCUGGCCAGCCGCGCGCUCUGCCAGGCCUGCGCCCUGCUGGACGGCCUGGACCGCGGCCGGCCCCGCCUGGCCAUCGGCAAGGGCCGCCGGGGGCGGGACGAGGUGGGGCCGGCGGCGGCGGCGGCGGUGGUGGCUGCAUCGGGGACUCCGCAGGAGGAGGAGCGGGAGCAGGUCCAGCCCCCAGCACGGAAAGAAGCCGUUCCAGCAGUUCUCACCUUCUAG